AUGUCAUCUUCCAAAAGUCUGAAAAUUGGCAUUGUUGGAUUUGGUACAUUUGGUCAAUUUCUGGCAAAUACAAUGAUCAAACAAGGCCAUACUCUAACUGCAACUUCAAGAACAGAUUACUCUCAACUUUGUCUCCAGAUGGGUAUCCAUUUCUUCAGGGAUGUUACAGCAUUACUUGAGGCUGACAUGGAUGUCAUACUGUUAUGCACAUCUAUUUCGUCCCUGUCCGAAGUUGUCGGGUCAAUGCCACUCACUUGUCUCAAACGUCCGACGCUUUUUGUCGAUGUUCUUUCGGUUAAAGAGCACCCAAGGAACCUUCUUUUAAAAGUGCUGCCAGAGGAGCUAGACAUACUCUGCACACAUCCAAUGUUUGGACCAGUGAGUGGGAAAAAUGGCUGGCAAAAUCUGACUUUCAUGUAUGACAGAGUUCGAAUAAAGGAUGAAGCUACCUGCUCUAAAUUUCUCCAAAUUUUUUCAAGUGAGGGUUGCAAGAUGGUAGAAAUGUCAUGUGAGGAACAUGAUAGAGCAGCUGCAAAGAGCCAAUUUAUCACACACACAAUAGGCAGGACAUUGGCAGAAAUGGAUAUUAAACCUACUCCUAUUGACACCAAGGGCUUUCAGGCACUUGUUCAGUUGAAAGAACCUGUCAUGGGAUGCAGUUUUGAUUUGUAUAGCGGAUUAUUUGUGUACAACAGAUUCGCCAGACAAGAGCUGGAAAACCUUGAACAUGCCCUACAUAAAGUCAAAGAGAUGCUGGUCCAAAGCAUGGAUGAAGGACAGAACUCAGAAAGAACUGAAAGUUGA